AUCAUUUUUGACAAACCAGAUAAUUUCUCAAGGGCUUCACCAUCGCCGCCGCCGUCGCAGUUAAUCUCUGCGAAAAUCGGCGGAGGCGUUUCCAUAUCGCUUCGGCAGGGAAAUAGACAGAAAACAGAUCCGAUUCUUCAAUAUCUACCAACUACUCAUGGCUUCUCUAUUCAAGGAUCCUAGCAAACUCUCGGCAUAUCGAGAUAGGAAAUUUUCAGGAACUCAAGAAGAAUUUGAUGAGGCACUACAAACGUCUACUACUCUUUAUGUUGGGAACAUGUCAUUUUACACCACCGAAGAGCAAGUUUAUGAGCUGUUCUCCCGAGCUGGAGAAAUUAAGAGGCUAACUAUGGGCCUUGAUAAGAACACAAAAACUCCUUGCGGCUUUUGCUUUGUCAUGUAUUAUUCUAGAAAAGAUGCUGAAGAUGCUGUUAAAUGUAUAAGUGGGACAAUUCUUGAUGAACGUCCAAUUCGUGUGGAUUUUGAUUGGGGAUUUCAAGAGGGAAGGCAAUGGGGCCGUGGUCAAAGCGGGGGACAGGUUCGUGAUGAGUACCGAACAGAUUAUGAUCCUGGCAGAGGUGGUUAUGGUAAAUUGGUCCAGAAAGAAUUGGAAGCUCAAAGAGAACUAGUUGACUAUGGUGGUGCAGGAUCACUAGAAUCUUUCCCUCCAGUUAUUCAACCCCAAUAUGGUGGUAGACAUGGAGGAAACCAUGGUUAUAGAGGUUAUAGACAUGGUAAAGGUAAUGUUCACUUUGUUUACAUAUGUAUUUGUUUGAUUAUCAUGUGUUAUUUGUUUGAUGUAAAUAGUGGUUUAUUUGGGUAAAAUGACCAAAAUAUC